AGGAGGGGAGAAGAGAGAGCAGAGAGCAGAGGACCUGAGCACCAUGGGGCACUGGAAUCGAAUCAAGAUUGCCAAAUGCCAGAUACUGAUCACCAACUUCUUUGUCUUGCUGCUGGGCCUCUCUCUGGCCACCAUGACAGUUGUUACUCACUUUGGAGACCACUUUACUGUAAUUGGCCAUGCAUCCUUGCAGAGGAACCCCUAUGAAACACUGCGCUAUUGGGCUUUCUAUGUGGGGAUCAGCCUAGCAGGGCUACUGAGCCUCGGAGCUGCUCUGAGCACCAUAGCCACUGUGAGGGAGGCCCAUGGCCUCAUGGCUGCGGGAUUCCUGUGCUUUGCUCUGUCAUUCUGCAUCCUGGUGCAGGUGGCCUUCUGGAGAUUCCACAACCCCACCCAGGUGGAGGAUGCAGUGUUGGAUACCUAUGACCUCGUGUAUGAUCAGGCAAUGAAGAGCCCAUCUAGCAGCUGGUGGCAGGAGCUGGCCGUCAUCCAGGACACGUUUCUGUGUUGUGGUAAGAAAUCUCCUUUUGGGCUUCUGGCGAGCACUGGACCCAUCAUGUGUCAGGGCCAGAAGGCCAUGAGAGAGGACUGCCUCCAGAGCAUCAGGAACUUUCUGUGGACACACUACCGUAUCGCUUCCACCCUGACCUGCACCAGCCUGGCCCUCACGGUAUAUGCUAUGAUGCUCUGUGCCUUCCUCUGGUUUGCCAUUCACUCCUACUGUGGCUUGGAUCGAAGAGGCAGAUACUCCCUGACCCCACGGUCCCAUGGCUGCCAGCCCCAGGAACCCAGCCUCUUCUGAUGGACCCAGGGUGAGCUGGUGCCUCAACACUCUUCUGAAGCAUGAGUGUUUGCUGAUGAUUAGGUCUAGCAGGAUGCUUGCUACCUGCUUGCCCACAGAGAUGAAGUCUUUGGCCCUGAGCCCUCCCAUGAUCCUCAAAGGAGUAGAUAAGCUGUGUCUUGCACAUUGUGGGGCAAAGGAAGGGGAGCAUAUCCCACCAGGUGUGUUAGCUAAUCUUACAUAGUUGUGGUCAGACACCUACCAGAAAUAGGAAAGGUUUAUUCUGGCUUCUGAUUUCAGAGAGACUCUGAUCCAUUACAACAGGGAGGGCACAGAGGAAUGGCUCUGUUUAUGGCAGCAGGAACAUAAGGUGGAAGCUAGAUGUUGAGGUCAACUAAUUUCCUCUGGGUCAUCGUGGAGAAAAAUUACUUUGGCAAUGUAGUCAUGAUACUGAAAUGUGCAGAACCACAUGGUGACAGCCAUGUUUUGGUAAUGGCCAUGGGGCUGCUGAUGCUCCGUAGUUUAGGGAGGAGAGGUCACCGUAUCUUCACCUGGGAUUCCAGCUACCCCUCUCUCCUGCCCAGUAACUGUUAGGGUCUUGGGAAAUGCUGGACUGUGACAAGUUAACUGAAACCAGGACUCCAUGAUCCAGAAUCCAUGAGGUGGGUGUUUAGGUGAUGAAAAGGUUGGGUUUACCCACACUCCUUAUAAGUAACUCUUCACCCCCAAUAAACUCGUUGAUUCAAGUUAA